GAAAUAUAUGUUGAUGUUUUGACAUGCCAUGUAAUACCGUUAGUUUGUUGGCAAAAAAAUUGCAUUGCAUAAGAAUGUCUGCUUGACUCUGAGCCGAAUGAUGUUUGGUCAUCUCGGGAAUAAUUUUUCUAGUCGCCCUGUGGGUGCAGACGAAAUUGUUAUCCCGAUUUAAUUUGCUGAUCAGCAAUAACAUGGCGGCGCAGGCUAAGAAGUCUGCCAUGAUCGCCAUGGACCAUCUUACUUGAUAUCGUCAGAGUGAGACCCCCUUGGUUUGCCAGUACAUACAAGGUCAAGGGAUGACUGACCCAAAUCAACUUCUAUCUUCGGUGAAGAGGAAAGAUGAGAAGCAACAGGCACAGAUUAAACAGCUUAAUGAGCAGCAACGGCGGGAGCAGGAGAACAUCUACAUUGAGGAGCUUGCGGAGCUGAUCUCGGAAAGUUUCACGGACAUGAGUGUAUUCUCCGUCAAGCCCGACAAGUGUGCAAUACUGCAGGAGACCGUCAACCAAAUCCAGCAAAUUAACAAGCAAGAGUGGGUCGGGAGACGAGUUCAACAAAGUCAGGUAUCGUCCAGCAAGCCUUCCAUCCUCGCCAAUGACCUGCUAGGACCGCUGCUGCUCGAGGCUCUUGAUGGAUUCUUAUUUGUUGUGAACAGUCAAGGCAAAGUAGAAUUUGUGUCUGAAAACAUCGCACAGUAUUUGAAGUACAACCAGGAUGAUCUGGUUGGAAAGAGUGUGUACAACAUCAUCCAUGUUGGAGACCAUGCCCAGUUCAGCAGCAGUCUCCUGCCCAUGUCAUUGGGAAAUGGCAUAGUGUGGCCUGGAGAGACCCCAACCAGCAAAGGACGAAAUUUCAACUGUAGGAUGCUGAUAAAGCCUCCAUGUGAAGAAGAAGAAGAUGAUGUAGAAGUGUUGCAAACCUAUGUGUCGCAGUAUGAAAGUAUGCAGAUUACAGCCAUAUUACAACCGUACCUGGGGGAAAAGUUCUCAGAAUCACGCGGAGAAUCAGAAAACCAAACGUGUUUAGUGUGCAUUGCUCGCCGUCUUCCUCUAACAGAGAAAGCCAAUAUGAUGAUUGGUAUUGAGCAGUUUACAACACGACAAGAUCUGAAUGACAAAAUCGUAGACAAUGAUACAAGAGGAUUAGUUGCCAACUACGGACCCAUUGAUUUCAAAGGACAGAGUAUUCUGGAAUACUGUCAUUCCAAUGAUGUUAGUCAACUACGCCGCCAUUUACAAGAAGUGAGGAAGCUGCGGAACCACACCAGUGGAGUGUACCGCUUCAAGUUGCAGGAGAAUCGCUACGUGUUCGUGCAGACCAAGAGCAAGCUGUUCACCAUGCCAGUCACUAAUGAGCCAGACUUUGUCAUGUCUACUCACUCUAUCAUAAGAGAGUGUGAUUCGGAGGUGGAGCUGAAGGGAUCGGCUUCUACCAGUCUGAUGAAGUCCAUCAUUGGUCAGUCCAAUAUCAACAACCGUGGCGGAGGUGGAACAGGCAGUGGAACUAAAAACCUUGCUAACAUCACUGCCACAAUUGGCAUGAACAUGUUGGGAGACAUGAACUCAAUUAUGAACUCCCCACAACUGAGCUUGGAGGGGCUGGACCUGCUCAACUCCAACACCAACUGGGAUCUACUAGGGACAGAUAACCCCAUCCAAGGUGAAUUUAAUCUUAACGCUGCUCUCAGUGGCAGUGCUAACAUGAACUCGGGGGACUCGUCAUGGGACCAUAUGGCCCAGCUGAAAGUGGGGCAGCCAUCACUGCCCAACCAGUCUCAAUCUGCUGUUGUGACUCCAGUGCAAGGACUGAAUGCUAUGGCAAAGCGACAAGCAACUUUUCAGCAGCAGCGAAGUCAGUCGGUGUCGUUUGAUGAGCGCAAGAAUCCCCGUUUCUCACCAAGUCCGGGAAGCAGGGGAACUCCGUACACGCUACAGUCUCAAAGAAGUGUGCCGAGCAUGAUGGGCUAUGUGAACCAAAGGAGUCCUGUAGCAGCGAGUGGGGUAGCCACUGUGCCACCAAGUAGGUCCCCAGGGGGUCAGUUCACGGCGCCCUACCCCCAGCAGCGGAAGACUGUUUCCCCAAUGAUGUCCCCCCCAGCCAGGUGUCUCUUCCAACCAGACAUUAUGGUCCCGGUUUUCCUCCCCUUCCACCAGUGGAGAGUUCCAGGCAGUGUCCAGCUCAGUAGCCAAUCAGCAGAGUCCUCUCCAGGCACUCCAGUCUAUGGACUCGCAAUCCUCUGUGUCGGAGCUUCCAGACCCAGCUCUCAGACUUGGGUCAUCCGAGCUAUAUUCAGUGGAGGUGAAAUGAACAAUGAUUCCCGGGGGAACCCUCGGGGAGGAAAACUCUGUCGUUUGUUAACCAGUAAAGCGUCGUUUGAUCAGUUGACAUCUCUGACAAGUGAAACUUCUGUACGAACUUUCCAUGAGCGCUCUUUAAUUAAAUCUAAGUCAUCGGUGGAUAUAACCAGGCAGUCUCCACAACCAGGGCCGGGACAGAGUCCCCCAGAGAAGCCCCAGAGUACGUCAAAUGACGACGUGGAGCCGUCUGGCUCACAUAGAGCAGACGGCGUCGAAAAGAAGGAUAACGCAAUACUCAAAAAGCUCCUGAGCCAAGAAGAAGACCUCCCUACUAUGGAUACAGAGAUCAGCAGCUCUCCCCACACAGGGGGCGCCACAGGGGAGAAGUUCGGCAUUGAAAUGGACAAGAAUGAGGCAGAGGCGAAGAAACCAUCCAACAUUCUACUCAAGCAACUGUUGAGUGAUGACAAGAACGGUGAUGCACCCAACAAGAACCUCCAGUCAGUGUUACAGCGAGAGCUGAACUCUCCAACAGAUGAAGCUGGGCUCGAUGGAGACGGGAAGCGACCGACCUCAGAGUUGCUGCAGAAGUUGCUCCAGGAGGAAGAAGAUGAGAGUUGCACAUCUGCUCCAGCGGAAAGUACUAUACAGGACCAGGAGAUAGGAAGUGGGUCAAGGUCGCGGCACCAGUCAGGUCAACAAGAGCCGCAGUCAUCAGGCUUCAGCCAGCCAGUCACACCACAGAGUGCUGCCAGUUUCUCUGAUGCCUCACAGUUUGACAUGCUCAAAGAUGUAUUUUCUGAUCCUGCAAAGAAGAAUGUUGAACAGGGUGGACUCAUGCAGAAUAAGAAUCUGAAUAAUUUUCUUACAAAGUUGUGGGAGAAAGGUGACAAAAGUUCUGAGAAGGCCGGUGAUGUGAGGGUACGUCAAAAGAAACGUAAAUCCUCUAGUUCUGAUGUGGACAGUACAGAAGUGUUAGAAAGUGAUUCUAGUGUUUCACCUGGGCACCAGAGCCGCCUCUCGCAGAGGAAUGCUCUCUUGGCCCAGCUGUUGUCAAAGAAGGCAGCCAAAGAGACUGUAGUGAACACUCAGCUAACUGUGAACCCCACAGCACUGCCUCAGCAGAGGAUCCCUAAAAACAUCACAGAGAAGUUCAUCCAAAUCCGCUCCAACAGCCAGGAGCUACGUCAACAUCCAUCUGACAUAGGAGUCGACAAGGAGAGCAGUCUGACCCCCAAUCCACGGGACAAUCCUCGCACAAACCCAAAUGCUCCCUUUCCAGGCAAUACAAAGCCUGAUGGUGCCAUUGGUGGGGUUGAUAACUCGGGACAAAUGAACACAGGUGUCCCACCUCCCCACAACAUGGACUCUGACAGUGCCAACAGCUUUGACAAUUUCCAACAACUGUGGGCCUUAUCCCAGGCCAACGAGUCUGUGAGCAUGGAGAUCGAAGCAAAUGGUGGCGAUAGUUCUGAUCCACUGCUUCAACAAAUCCUCCAGCAAGCAGCAGAUCUUCAGCAUGAACUGACUGCCGGCAACCUGAACCAGGUCGUGUCGACUGCAGCUUCCCUUCCCCAGCCCCAAACACCUGUAUCCUCAAACGCUGCCCACAUGUCUACAUUAUCAACAUCAACCCAGGUGACCGCAUCUAUUACUCAACAGCAGCAGUCAACAUCUAAUGCUGAAGAAGUGAAUAUGAUGCAGGAAGUGGAACAGCUGAUGGAUCCCUGGGAAGAAAUAGAUAAUAUUCUAGGUAUUAACUCACAGUCCAACAACCAGCAGAUUGGUCCAACGUCGGUCACGGAGCAGAUGGCAAUUGAUGCCAUUCAGAGACAACUCAUGAGUGAGGAACCAGUGCAGACUCCCAAUUCUGUUUCUACUGGCAAUCAUAUACGUAACGCCAACCCCAGUAUAUUUCUCGGGGCUGCUAGCCAGGCUUCAAGUACAAAAGCAGGACAGAUGCCCACUCGCCAAACUCUCGCCCAGUUACAGAUGGCUCGCAACCUACAUCAACAGCAAGCCGGGGCACUGGGUCAGGUCACAGGGUUGGAUGCAGCAUUCACUCAGCAACUACUACAGCAGCAGCAGCAACAACAACAACAACAACAACAACAACAACAACAACAACAACAACAACAACAACAACAACAACAACAGCAACUGCAGUCACUUCCGCCCCAGGGAGCCAUGGCCCAAUCCAUGCCAGGCCAGAUGGGUCCACGUUUCCCUCAGCCUCAAGCUCCAAUAAGUCCGCUUGCCAGUGCCUUGCAAGGCCAGUCCCCACAGCGCCCUAUGUUCCGAGGCAUGAACCAGACAUCAACAGCCGUACAGGUGCGACAAACGCUGUUGCAACAGCAGAAGCUGAAGCAGAUGGAGAAACAGCGCCAUCGGCAGGCACAGGAAAGACAGAGGCUAUUACAGCAACAGCGACUUAUCGCGUUGCAACAUCAGCAACAGCAGAAGUUUGGGCAGUUCCCGCAGGGAAAUAUGGGAGUAGAUGGCCACUUCCCUGAAAACCUUGGUGAGCUAAUGAACUCAGGCCACGCCCCAAAUGUUACCUUACCUGUGCAGCGAGGCCAGGCCAUGCCAGGACCCAUGUCGCCCCGGUACAACCCGGGUAGCAUGUCGACUGGGAACCAACCAGUAAGUCCCAUGAUGCCUCCCUCAACGCCACCCUCCCAACUGUCCCCCCACUUCGGACAACAGCAGCAGUGGAACCUCCACCCACAGCAGUCCAGUGCUCUGCAGGGCGGAGUGGGACUUGGACAGGGAUCCCAGUUCCCGCCCUCCAGCGUCACAGAUCUCUCUCUGGAAACAUGCCGAGUCCAGGAGGUCAGAGUUCACCUCGGUUCCAGUUCCCGGAGAAUCAGUUCCCAGCUGGCCAGCAGGGGGGACAACUUGGUUUGUUCCCUGGAGGCAGCCAACAGGGGGCAGCACAACAGCAGCAGGGAGGACCUCAACAAAUUUUCUCAGAAUAGACUCAUGCAGAGACAGAUGAGUUUGCCACCAGGGCGUGGAUCUCCCCGCACACCUCACAGCCCGUACGGCAGCAGCCCUGACCCCAUGUUGAUGUCCCCUCACUCUAUCUCCCCCAACUCUCGCCAGUCUCAGCAGCCAGGAACACAGGUGAGCCCAGGAACUGGCUUCAACCAGUCCCAGCUGUCGGCUGCUUUCGCGUCCCAGCCUCUGUCCGCCCCGGCCAGUUUUUCAGGCCCGUCACCAAUGUCCACUGCCACAUCCAGUUUCAACCAAUCGCUGCCUUCUUCAUCUCAGGGCAUUCCUUCCCAGCAGUCUUUUCAACAGCCUUUUGACAUGCAGUUCUUGGAAACAGGGCCAGACGGAAAAAAGCCUGUCAUCUCGGGCGACCUGAACCAAGCAGUGUCCAACUCAACGUCACAGUACGUCAAACAGGAGCUGCGUAUCAUCUGUAGUGCACGCUCAGAGAAACAGCUUCAGUCACAACAGCAACAACAGCAGCAGCAGCAACAACAACAGCAGCAGCAGCAACUUCAGCAGCAACAGCAACAGCAUGAGUCAAUGUCAUUUGACACUGGAGGAGAACUGCCUUUAGAAAUUUUAGAGACCAUUAACGACAUGACGAAGGAGCAUGCAGCUGUUGGCCUCAAUCCUCUUGAUGACUUAGCAGAGAAUGAGGACAUCCUCAGCUCCUCCAGACAAGAGGCCAAGAAGAGAUACGAGCAGUUCCGUGCCUUGUCUACAGGACAGACCCAGUAUAUCCCAGAUGAUCCAGAAGCCAAGGCUACCAGCUUGUUCCGCAAUCAGUUGUUGAGUGCUCCCCAGUCAGAUCAGUCACAGAAAGGCUGCGGCCAGAAGAACGAGCUUGUGACACAGGUCAACAUCGUGCAGAGAGAGCCACGGACCCCUAUUGAUGAUAUACGUCCGGCAGACCAGAAGAAUAGUUUAUUGCAGCAGCUGCUGUCUGAAUGAUGAAGUGUGAUGCUAGCAGGGAGACUACGCUGGACGGGACACAGGGCUUUCACUCUUUACUGUCAACCCAGAGAUGCCACAACAUUCAGAAGAGGGCAAGAAGAUGAUAUUAUUUUUGUAUGUGAGAUACGUGUUCUGUUGUGUUGUGGAGAGGCAAGGAACCAUUGCUCAGUAGUGUCAGCAGCCGGCCAUUUGUACAUAGUUCCACAUAGUAUUGUGUCGGAAAGCAGACAUCAUGAUCUCACGGCCGCCUCUGCCAUCUAGACGGACAGACGAGCGGACACAAAGACAGAUGGCAGUAUUGUGCAUUACCAUGGAAACUCAGGUGGUUGAUGAAUACAUGACAUCAUGUAUAUCACGUUCUUACAAGAACUAUGGAGGGCAGGAUUUAUUUAGCUCCUCUGGAAUAUGGAGGGCAAUUUUAUUGAAGCUCCUUGACUAUGGAGGGCAAGAUCUAUUGAAGCACCUCUUGACUACAGUGGGCAAGAUCUAUUGAAAAUGCUCUUGACAAUGGAAGGCAAGAGCUAUUGAAGCUCCUUUUGACUGCGGAGUGCAAGAUCUGUUGAAGCUCCGCUACACUUCAGAUGUUUAGAUACUGUAUCUGCUCUUGACUACAGAGUCAAGAUUUAUUGAAGUUUCUCUGGAGACUAAAAGAUGAUGGCUAUGAGCCAGAGGAAAAUUCAUGAUACACAUAUUCUUUGCAUGUAUGUUUUGCAAGUAUGGCACAGCGCAGCAUUGUGAGAUAGUGCAACUUUAUGGGCAGCCGAAUUUGGCGGUAUUGUUGUGAUUCUAAAGGAGGCAGUGUGAUAAACAAUGCUUACAGAUUUCCCCACUAGCAGACUUGGAGCUUGUUUCAGUUCAUUCAGUGCACAAAUCUACAGGACUGACAACUGCAGUGCGUUGAGCAGCAGACAGUCAAGUAUUUAGUUGUUGCUUGUUGAGCUUCAUCGGACUCAUUGUGUACUCACAAGUGUAUCUUCAUGAUUUCCAUAUCCUUAUGUUCAUCAUCAUGUGAGUUCAUCAUUGUGUACAGCACGUAGCAUACAGAUGUGUUGUGCUGUUCACAACAUUGACACAGUGUUGAGGUCUUGUGGCUGUGUGUGUCGCCCAUGCCAGCCGGUUAACUGAUAUUGACAGUGCAUAUCACAGAUUCAUGACACCGUGGAACGCCAUUCGUCAGUUGUGUCACAGAAUUAUGACUCUGCAUCUCAACCCAUCACUCGACCUUAGAUUUUAGGGUAUGCCUUCCACCCCCAAGUUACCGAAAUGGUAUCAACUGCCUUAUGAUGUGGACUAUGUUGAUGAUUGGGGUGGAGGACUAUUACAUUUUGUUUUUAGGGUGGGAGAGUGAUUAACAAGACAUUUGCACAGAGAAUGUAUUGUAUGUUUAUACAGAUAAAACAUGUUGACUGCCUCUCGCAGAAUCAGCCUUCUCCUAUGUUAAACCAGGCCAUCAAGCUCCAUCUACAUCCUCAGUAUAACGCCUCAUCCACUUCCUCCUCACUAAACAGCAGAUCUGAUACAGAGGUCUGAAAGGAAGAAUGUUUUAGUUUCAGAAUGAAUAGUUUCCCGAGGGAUUGUUACAUACGAAAUGUCAUCAGUGUUCAGAGCCGAAGUUUUUAUCUAUGUACUAUUUUGGGAAUUAAUGUUUUAACACAAAAAUGGACAGAAACAGUCCCUAAACUGGUUGAUGUUCGGACUGACAGACUUCUCAUACAAUGUGGCUUUUCAACGAGUAACAGUAUCCAUGGCAAUGUUAUUGAGAGAUCCAAUGUCAGCAUGUCUUUGAGUAGAAGUGAGGCGUUGUAUUGAUGGUCAAAGUCAAGGCUUGGUGCAACCUUAUUCAGUGGUUUUGCCUUGAGUUCCGUGUUAAAGUGAACAUUGUUUUCGUACGUACAGAAACUCCUUCACUGGAUGUGAAUGUAUAUUUCUGUUGAUAGUUUCUUGUAGGUGCCUCAGAUUUCAACACUGCGUGCGUGUCACAGACAAGGCAUUUUAAUCCAGAACUUGUUAGAUCUGAUAUUUAUUAUCCUAUAGCACGAAUGUCAGAGCUUUUCUACUACUUCUUUAUUGGAUUUCCAUUAAGUAGGUCUAUAUGCAAAUUGCCGGUUUCUCAGACUGAAUUAAGUAAAUGUAUACAUUGUAUUAUAUAUUUUGAGAGAAUUGAUAUAUGUAAAUAAACUAGAGAUUGCUAUGGGGUACAGUCAGCAUUUUCGGGAUUGCAUUUUUAAAAUUUUCUCAGAAUUGUAUAGACUUAAUAUUCAGGCUUUUCUGUCGAGAUUUUGUGACAAAUGGUAUUUGUUAUAUUUUCCUUAAGAAAUAAAAUUUUAGUAUAUUUAUUGUCAGUAUUAACAAUUAACUGUAUGGAUUUCAAUGAAGAAAUUCUACUUUGAUCUAUAUUUCAAAUGACAACUUUAGCACUGGAAAAUAGCAGUUAUUCAAAUUUUAGAUUGUGUUGCCGAGAUCUUCUUUUAUAGUUGCUAAUGGAUUAAAUAUCAUGAAUAAAAUUAACUGUGUUCAUUUUCAAAGAUGUGUAAUUAGAAGAAAGUAAUUAUUUCCUUCUGAUGUGGUGCAUGUUUCUUAAGAGUUAAACCUGUGGAUGAUGCAGACAAGUACCCAAGCUGAUGAAGUUGGAUUUAAAAAUGAAGUACACCAAAACUUAGUGUCGUCACCUGAGGCAUCAAGAAUAUUAGAAACAACAUUUCAUGAAAUGUAGAGAAAUUAUUUGUUGUAGAUUUGUUAAACAUAUCUGUUGAUUAAUUGUAUCAAAUUUCUUUUAUAGAUGAUCAAGUGGUCAUUCCUUAUUGUGGAUUGUCGCACUGGUCAUGAGAAGCGUAGUUGUUCGAUUUGUACAGUUAUAGUGUUUUAUUUCUUAGAGGUUCAACCUCAUGAGGAAAUUAUGGUUGCCAUGGAAAUGUCAAAUGGCGUUCCCAUGACCACUACUAAAAGUAGGACGAUUUUUGUUAGUUUAAAAAAGUGCUAUAUAACUUCCGUUUUCUUCAUCCCCAGUGAAAAUUUGUUUCCUGUAUCUAUUCUGUACUAGAUGUCAUGUCUUGUUUUCGUUACCAUGGUUACGGCCACCGUCGUUACAGUUGCUAACGCUGCCACAACCAGUCCCCUAUUGUUCUGUUGACUUCUUCUAUUAGUUGCGGGAUCGUAUCGGCAGCACUUUGACGUAUGUCUGACGCGUGACGUCCUCCUCAGAUGGCGUAUUUUUGCAGGGAGGAAGGCCGGUUAAAGUGCAUAUUGUUACAUGGAUGGCAGUUAGAACUCGGAGACUGGUAAGAAGGCAAUAAAAUACAUGUAUGAUUAUA